AUGGCGCAGAGGGAGCAGCAGCAGUCGGUCUCAGACGGGACGCGCAGUCGCAAGGGAUGUCUCACCUGCAGAAUCCGCAAGAAGAAGUGUGAUGAAGAGUUACCAGCAUGCAGCGCUUGUCGGUCAAGAGACCUUGCAUGCUACGGGUUCAACGUGCCGCCACCGUCUUGGAUCACCAACAAGGCCUCAUGGAAAGAUGUCCGAGAGUCCAAUGAAGCAAGAACUCUACGAACUGUGGCGGAGCUGCGGUACAGGGUCUCGAGAAAGCUCGAGUCCAGAGGCACUGCUUCUGCCGCGAUUGGAAUCUUGCCAGCUGACUCAGGGAGCAACAGCCAUCAACAAAGGGCACGUCACUCCCCAAGAACUGGUCAUAUCUCAUUGGAUUCAUUCCAUUGCGACAUCUUUGCAACACCAUCCAUUAUUCAGUUGACAAAUGGUGCGAAUAUCUGGCAGCGGCAACCCGACACCAUAUGGUGGGACAGCAGGAUGCAAAGUCUACGGCCCGGACCUGAAAAUUCUUCUCGAGAAGAAACGAGAUUGCUCAUGCUGUUUCUCGAUGUCAUCCAUCCAAUCACGCAUACAUUCUACAAGUUGAAUAGCAGCACCGAACGUAACUGGAUGCUCAAUCGGCUCAUCAGCAAAGACGACUUGUUUAGCUCAGCUCUGAGUAUCAGCGCCUGCUUCGAGCACUCGUUGACCCAGCGGGCUACCGUGAACGAGAUUGGACUUUCGCCAAAAGUGAGCAGGCUACAGAGCCGGUCGAUUUCGAUACUUCGGGAAGAGGUCGAGCGCUUUUCUCUCAUGAAGCCGUUGCCAGUGGAAGAUUUCGUCUGGGCUGGGGUCCACCUUCUUGAUGUCAUCGCCCAUUUGGAGACACUCGAGACCUUCAGUAUGCUUCAGGGUCAAUGGGAGGUCCAUCACCAGGCUGCAAGGAAGGUCUUGAAUCAUAUUGAGACUGCUGUUCCACUUGGGAAUCGCAAUUCAACAUCAGUGAUAGCAGACGUAUUAUUGAGCUUGCCUGAAGGUGAUGUACGACGACGAUCGCUGCAACUUUCCAUCUUUAACUUUAUUUGGAUUGAUGUUCUGGCUACAUCUACUUUCGGUGCCGUGUCAUACUACCCUUGCGCCUUUGACUACCUGCCUUUUCUAGAUUCUGGUACAAUCAGGUCGCAGGACUUUAUGGGUUGCCAGAGCCAAAUCUUUGCCAUUGUCUUCAGAAUUGCAAGACUUGAGCAAUUACAGCUGAUGCACCAAGGUGAAAUGCAUCAGGAGCUUACAGGACCGGAAUUACAACGACAACACAGCGAACUAGAACAACAACUUGAUUUUGUCUGCCAGACUCUUCGAGAAGAUAUUGAGGGCCUGGCCAGUGUAACUUCAGGUCUAGAUCUUGACGCUGCAAUGAUUAGUCUCAUCUGGGCUUAUGGUGCCAGAGUCUUUUUGCAAGUUGCAAUUGCUCCAAUUAUGUCCGAGCAAAGUAGUAUCGAUCAGACCUUCGUCAACAUUUGCCUCGAGAAGCUUGAGGCUCUCCCUUCACGUCUUGUGAUACGGACAGCCUGGCCGUACACUAUUACCGGAUGUAUGGCCAUGAGCGAAUCACAACAUCACCGGUUUCGUCAAAUCCUCGAUCAGGUGCUGCAAGAAGCGCAGGCCCCUGGCAUAACAUGGAAAGGUCUUCUUGUCAUGGAGGAGUGUUGGAGGCUUCGAAGAAUGCACCCUGAUCAAUUUUUCGGGUGGAGAGAAGCUAUGGAGAGCCUUGGUGCCAGGGUGAUUUUGAUAUAG